CCCAGACACGUCUAGAAUGUGAUAUUGGUAUUGUACAUCGUGCGGCUGACCAUGCAUCUGGAGGUCAUUAUGUCCAGCACACAACGCCAAAAGCAACUCUCUCGGCUCGCUAUCAUCAUCAUUGUUAUCCUGUUCGCUGCUGUGCUGGCACGCCAACUAUUCUCAAAAGCAACCUUUCAUGAUGAACACCCUCGUGUGCGCAGCCCUCACACCUUCAUCGAGGGACGCUGGAAAGACGUGCGGUCGUCACUGGGCUUACCUCCUCUUCCUGACACCAUCAACCCAUCGGCUGCCAUUCUGCCCCCGUCGACACCAUCUCGCACAGGAAAGCUCACCUCGCGCUUCGAUCUCCGUCGAAAGCGCGCCGAAGCAGAACUUCGGAGUCGGAACAGACUUCACCUCGCUGCCGACGUGAGAGAUGCACCCCGCGUCUCAGUGCAAGCACUAGCUGCGUCAUUCCGCCGCAUUGCGGCAACUGAGAAAGAAAUAGCGGAGAUGCGAGGCAAACAUGAGAAGUCGGGACAAAAGAUACGGGUUCAGAGACGCAUCGAGGACUGGCAGGACCCAACAAAUGCAAAAGAUGUAUCGACUACUGUCACGAAUGACUAA